AUGAGCCUGCUGGGCGGCCUCGCCCCCUCGCCGCGGGCCGCGCCGCCGUUCAGGGCCAGGAUGAAAAGGCUCCCGAGGCGGAGCCAGAACGAGAAGUACCGGCUCAAGUACCUGCGGCUGCGAAAAGCCGCCAAAGCCACGGUGUUUGAAAAUGCUGCUAUUUGUGAUGAAAUCGCUCGUCUUGAGGAAAAAUUUCUUAAAGCAAAAGAAGAAAGACGGUACCUGCUGAAGAAGCUCCUGCAGCUGCAGGCUCUGACUGAAGGGGAAGUGCCGCCUGCCACUCCCGCUCACAGCUCCAGUUUGCCCCUGGCUUACGGGGUGACCAGCUCUGUGGGAACCCUGCAGGGAGCUGGGUCCAGUUCCGGGCCUGGCACUGGGGCUGAGGAACCAUUUGGGAAGAAAUCCAAGAAGGAGAAAAAAGAAAAAGGCAAAGAGAACAACAAAUUGGAAGUUCUGAAGAAAACAUCCAAGAAAAAGAAAAUGGAGGGAGGUGCUCGCAAGCUGGUUCAGCCCAUUGCCCUGGAUCCCUCAGGACGGCCUGUGUUCCCCAUCGGACUGGGGGGUCUCACAGUAUAUAGCCUGGGGGAGAUCAUCACCGACCGACCUGGCUUCCAUGACGAGAGUGCCAUCUACCCUGUGGGCUUCUGCAGUACCCGAAUAUAUGCCAGCAUGAAGUGCCCAGGCCAGAAGUGUCUGUACACCUGUCAGAUCAAGGAUGGUGGUGCGCAGCCUCAGUUUGAAAUCGUUCCUGAGGAUGACCCUCAGAAUGCCAUUGUCAGCUCUUCUGCAAACGCCUGUCACGCAGAACUGCUCAAGGCCAUAAGCGCUACUACGGGGAAAUUAAUGUCUAACCUGCUUCCUUCUGGAGCUGACUUUUUUGGGUUUUCUCAUCCGACUAUCCACAACCUGAUCCAGAGCUGUCCAGGAGCUCGAAAAUGUGUCAAUUACCAGUGGGUGAAGUAUGAUGUGUGCAAACCUGGAGAUGGGCAGCUGCCCCAAGGACCGCUGGAGAAUGAUGCAGCUAUAAGCUUUGAGGCCUUUCAGAGACAGACCUUUGAUGAAGAUCAUAGUGAUCCCAUUCUACAAGGACCUCUGGACCUCCCGGAGCUUCAGCCCACAGCCUUCGUGUCUUACCAGCCCAUGUUCCUGACGGACGAGCCCCUGGUAGACGACCACCUGCAGCACCUGAAGUCUCCACCGCAGUGCAGCCCAACACACUCUUCAGAGUGA